UUAUCUGGUAUUAAAUUAUUGUGAUUUAGAAGAGACUAGUUGGGAAAGACACGAACAUAAUUAAUUAGAAAACAUGCUUAUUUAUCAAAGCUAAACUCUGUCUCGUCACUGUUUAUUACAGUUAUUGUCGAGUGUGGACAGAUUGUAAGUACAUGGAAUGGUAAUCAAGCUCUUCAGAAACCUAUCUGUCAAGAUUAGAAGUGAUUCGCUGCUAAUUUCGAUGCAAUCAAGAUCAAUGGCAGAUGCAAUAGUGACUGUGAAAGAAGGCAGACUGCGUGGUGCAGUCAAAAAUCUGUAUAAUAGUUCAGAUUACUACAGUUUUAAAGGCAUUCCAUAUGCACAACCUCCAGUCGGCAAACUUCGGUUUAAGGCCCCACAUCCACCACAGCCUUGGCAAGGAAUCCUCGACGCCACAAAACAUGGCCCCGUAUGUCCUCAAGCUGCUCCAACUAAAGAAAUUCUAGAAGGCGACGAAAACUGCUUAUUUCUAAACAUUUACACGCGUUCUCUGAAAAGUGAUUCAAAAAUACCCGUCAUGAUAUACAUCCAUGGAGGAGGUUUCUUAUCGGGAUCUGGUGAUGAUGAGUUGUACGGUCCCAAAUUCCUGCUGAAUCACAAAGUCAUCUUGGUUACUAUAAACUAUAGAUUAGAAGUGUUUGGUUUCCUAUGCCUAGAUACUCCAGAAGUGCCAGGCAAUGCUGGGUUGAAAGACCAAAUAGCUGCAUUUAAAUGGGUUAGAAAUAAUAUUUCCCAAUUUGGUGGGGAUCCAGAAAAUGUGACGAUUUUUGGAGAAAGUGCAGGGGGUGCUUCCGUAACUUUUAAUAUGUUGUCGUCUAUGUCUAAAGGGUUGUUUAAUAAAGCGAUUUCUCAGAGUGGAGUUUGCUUGCACGAUUGGGCGUAUCAUACGCCCAAUCGUGCAAGCAAACUGCAACAAUUGCUGAACAAGCAAAAAGUUGAUGCUAAAACCAGGGCUUUUCGAAUUGGGAAAGUUUUGGGAAAGGAAACAAACGAUACAGAAGAAUUACUAGAAUUUUUACAAAGUGUGCCGUCGAAAGAGUUAAUUGGAAUGAACUAUAAAGUCGCGUCAGAGGAUGAAAAACGUAGAGGAUUACCAAUACGUUUUGGGCCGGUUGUUGAAAAGAAAUUUGACAAUACUGAGGCAUUUUUGACUGAAAACCCUUUAGAUUUGCUUAUUUCUGGAAAGUUCCAACCUGUACCUUUAAUAAUCGGUUACAAUUCACGCGAAGGCAUCCUUCUGUCUUAUAGUGAAUUAAAGAAAAUUGAUUUUACAAAUAAGUUUCCAUCAUUCUUAGUGCCAGCAGAAAUCGCCCGAAAAGUUUCAGAGGAAAAACUUAAAGAGUUUGGUGAACGUAUUAAAGCUUUUUAUUGUCCUAAUAGAGACAUGAAUUCAAACGAUGUUAAUAUCAUUUCUGAUAUUGUAACAGAUAUAUAUUUUAUACAUGGAAUAUAUAGAUUUUCUAAUUUUUACUCCAAGUUUGUCAAAGAAAUUUAUAUGUACCGAUUUAACCUCGACACAGAAUUGAACUGUUUUAAGUCUUUAAUUGGGCUGACGGAGUACAAAGGAGCUUGUCAUGCGGAUGAACUGUUUUAUUUGUUCAAUAAUAAUAUGAAUGAAGAUAUUUAUGAAAAGAAAGAUAAUUUGAGACAAUAUGUCCAUAUGAUGACAAAAACGUGGACAGACUUCGCUAAGACUGGCAUUCCGACACCAGACUCCAUUUUAGGUGUAAAAUGGACGCCAUAUACAUCUCGCAACAAGGAAUAUCUGAGUAUAGACAAUGAAUUGGCGAUGGAUAAAGGCGCGGAAAAAGAGCGGCUAGAAUUCUGGACUAAGUUGUACAGCGAUGCGGGAUUACCUAGUGAUAUUAUAAGCAAGUUGUGAAUUUAGUUGAGUGGUGGGGUCAGCUCUAAUGUGAUCACAUUCUACAUUGGGUUAAGUUUGAUAAGUAAUGGUUUCGAUAAUAUCAUUAUAACUUAAUGCAUUUUUCCCCCCUAAGCAUUUCCAUUUUAGGUUUUUUUAUAAUGAAGUGGUGCAAAAUAACUGGUGCUUGGUAAAUUAAUAUAGUGAAAUAUAUUUUUAAGUAGGUAGUUGGUGUGAAUUUAUUAAAGUUCGAUUUAAGUUAUUUAGUUAUUAAGU